AUGAUUUGCAAAGUCUGCCAUGAUAUGCUUUAUGAUCACAAAGGUCGGGAAGGGCUGACAAGCGGUGGAUCACAACUCGAGCUCAAUUUCAAGCACCACAAGAAAACCAAAAACCUCAUCGGCUCGGUCCAGCAAGGCUGCUAUCUGUGCCGAUUAAUCCAGGAAAGGCUGGAAAGCGUCAACGGCAACCUUGAUGCCUACGAUGGUUCGAAGCCUUUUCUUACCGCCCGGCUCAAGCCGUUUCGCCGCCGCCGCCAGACCGGCCUGUACCCACUGGAUUUCUUCCUGGAGCCUAACAAAGUGCUAGUCGCAAGUUUCGUGCUCAAGCAAAAUGAACCCCAAGGCACCACCAAUGUCCAAGUCAAGCCUAUCAGCAGCACGACGUCAGAUCCCAAGGUGGUAGAAAAAGCAAAAGAAUGGAUCGCCGAGUGCACAAGAGCUCACGACAAAUGUCGCGUAGCCUCAGACCCAGCAUGGGUCCCCAACCGACUCCUGGACGUGCAAAUGGCGCUCGAUCCGGACAAGUCAGCGGAUAUCAUUCGCUUGGUUAGCCGAAAGCCGGGCGAGACUGAUACCAAUGCACCCCGGAUGGAGGGCUCCUACGUCACCCUGAGCCAUCGCUGGGGCAACGUGCCGUUUCUCAAGCUCACAAGGGCGAAGCUCACCGCCUUUCUCAACGGCAUACCGUUAAGAGAUCUUCCUCAGACGUUCCAGGAUGCCAUCAAAGUCACGCGCGAGCUGGACAAGCGAUGGCUCUGGAUCGAUGCUUUGUGCAUCAUCCAGGAAGAUGAGGACCUGAAGGAUUGGCUAGAGGAGUCUGCGACCAUGGAGCAAGUCUAUGCCAAUUCCUACUGCAACAUCUCGGCCACAGCCGCGAUGGACAACUCUAGAGGCCUGUACGGUCAGAGGGACAUGGAUUGGAAAUGGAUCGAGACCGUGACACUGAACACCCAGCACCUCCAGAACAACGCCGAAGGCAAAGUCGGAUGCACCAUCUUGGACCUCUCCUUCUGGGAGAAGUACGUCGAUAACGCGCCCGUUAAUCGGCGGUCCUGGGUCUAUCAGGAACGACUCCUCGCUCCACGGGUCCUGCACUGGUGCGAAGACCAAAUCGCGUUCGAGUGUCGUGAGGUAAGUCGCGCGGAAUGUCGCCCCGAAGGCAUGCCUCACUUCCGGAUGAAGUCCGGUGUCCUCAUCCCGGAUCUGCAUCUGAAAAGCGUGGAUCUGGACACCGGGAAGCAGCUACGCGCGAUCCGCGAAGCGAGCAGCCAGGGCUCCACGCUGUCGAGCCAGCUCCAGAAGAUGAGCAACGACGGCCAGCUCAAGAAAUUCUACCUCUACGAGCUAUGGAAGCACUGGGUCGAGGUGUACACCAAGCUGGAGCUCACAAUGCCGCAAGACAAGCUGAUUGCCCUCUCCGGGAUUGCACGGAUGCUGGCGUCCAGGAUGAAGAACGAAGGCUACGCAGAGGAUCAGUACAUCGCCGGCAUGUGGCAGAAGUACAUAGCCAGCCAGCUCCUGUGGUAUGUCAACGAAGGGACCGGCAAGAACAGACAACCAUUCGAGAACACUCGCCCAGCAGCGUAUCGCGCCCCUUCGUUCUCGUGGGCCUCGGUCGAAACACCUCGGGGCAUCACAUUCGCCGAAACAACCGACACGGGCCUGCUCAUCGAAGUCGAAGUCGUCCGUCUCAGCUACCGGACCAUCGAGGACUUGUUCGGCCUUAUCACAGACGGGUACAUUGUCGUGAAAGGCGUGCUCAGGAAGAUCGAACUGACCGACGCGGCGGCCCCGAAGCCGCCAUCCCUCUCGAGGACUGAAAUCUUUGUCCGAACCAUCAACUGGGACAUCCUCCUCGUCAUUUCACUCGCCAUCUGCCUGACGCCUCUCUUGGCGGUCCUCCAAUUCUGCGGCCUCGACACCCUCAUCCGCCACCGUCUCCGCCUCCUGAUCUGGACAUCCUGCUAUGGCAUGCUCAGUCUGAUCUGUCUGGCUCUGCGGCACCUCCGCGCCCACCAGCAGCACUUUGCUGCUGCCGCCGCCGCCGCCGCCGCUAUCCCCUCCGAAGACGAAAACCGGUACACCUGGCGCCUUGUGCGCUACGGCCAGCCCGUCGGCCGUGAAUACCAGGUCGUCUUCCUAGACAGUCCCGCGUCGGAGCCGUCUGUCUUUGGUCCCUCGGCGCAGGUGUUUUGCCUGCCCGUGCUGCGCGACGAGCGCUACCUCACGUGUCUGCUCGUGCAGGCCACGGACGGCGAGUUCGGCAUCCGGUACAAGCGCGUGGGUUUGACGCGGGUGACUUCCCUGACGAGGGACCUUGUGCAUAAUCUGACGACUCCGCCGGGGCAUAACGAGACUGCCUCGGGGCAGUAUUAUUGGGGGCCGAAUUCGAGUAAGCGGAAUGAGAGUACGAUCUGUAUUAUAUGA